UCUCGGCUCAGUUUGCUGUCUACAAUGUUCUGGAUUGCCAGCCUGCUGAUUUUUCCCAUUUGCGCUGCUACCACAGCCCAGAAUGCCGAGUCACAUCCCAACUCACGGCUGAUGAGCAACAUCCUCAGCUACGUGGAGGAGGAUUCCAGUGCGUGCGACAACUACUACCAACAUGCCUGCGGCAGAUACGCGGCGCGCCACAUCGACGAUCCCUUCACGGAGAUCACCCAGAUGCUGGACCACAAGGUGAACGGAAACCUAGUCCAGCUAAUGGACGAACUGCAGCAGCGCUCCCGGUCACCUGGCUUCAACGAGUCCAGUGUGGAGGCCAAGGCACUGCGCUUCUACCAAACCUGCCGUGACGCGCCACAGAGCACACGCAAGAUGGAGCACUACCUUAGGCUAACUUCUCCCGCCGAGGCAAUCACCUGGCCCCACUUCGCACCCCGCGGCGAGCCCUGGCCCAAGGAUCACUUCAAUUGGAUGCAGGCCCUGGGCCACCUAUACCGCUACGGGUUUACCAAUGUGCUGGUGAACGUGUUGGCCCUACCAAGCGUUAAGAAUAGGGACCACUUCCGACUGGACAUCAGUAUGCCCAGUCUGGAAGGGAACGCGCAGCACCUGGACAGCUUUCUCAAUACCCUCGCCACUCUCAAUGCCAUGGGUGUGCCGAAAAAAAGCUCAAUACCCCUUGCGCGGAAGAUCAGAAGGCUGGAGUCCGCCAUACGGGUCCUCACCGAAGUGGACGACGAUGAUAAUAGCGAGACUUGGACUCUGCGCCAGUGGGAGCACCUAACUGGCUACGCAUGGCAGGAUUUCAUCGAGUCCAUAGUUGGCCACAGUGUCUCAAAUCAACUCUUGGUGCAGGCCCAAAAUGUAAAGUACUUCAAAGGCCUCAAGCGGCUGAUGGACUCCACAGACGCCGAGGUGGUGGCCUACUACAUCAUGACCCGAUUCGUGCUCUAUCUCCUGGAUGACAGCAUGGACAGCAGUGAGCCCAUCGAUUGCGUCAAGGAUGUGCGCCGCACCAUGACCCUGGCAUCGGACCUGCUCUACGAGGAGCGCUUCCUGGACGCGGCGACACUGCAGCAGUACACCCAGGAGGUGACGCAGAUCUUUGACCAGUUGCGCCGGCACUUUCUAUUGCAAAUCGGUGAGAAUCGCCUUGGGCUGACCAGGGAGCAGAGCAGUAUGGUGGCCACAAAGGCACAGCAUGUCGUGCUCAACAUUGGGAACAUGCCAAGAGGACUUGACCAUCGUAGCUUUGUCAGUCGGCACUAUGAGGAUCUUGUGUUUCCGCUCGCUGAUUUUGACUACGCACGGGAGCAUCUUAACCUGCUGGAGUUCCGCACCAGAAAGCAGCUGUUACAUCUCGACCAACGUGCUCCGAGUCCCGGGGAGUUCUUUUACCUGGCGGAACCCAGCUCGGCCAUGAGCUCCAGUCCCUACUAUCUGAUGCGAUACAACGUCAUCGUGGUGCCACACGGACUUCUGCAGGAGCCAUUCUUUGCGGCGGAUAGCCACGACAUAUUCAAGUACAGCCUGCUGGGAUUCGUCCUUGCCCACGAGUUGAUGCACUCCGUCGACACCAUGGGUCUGCAGUUCGACAGCUACGGGAACGUACACGAAAUUGACCCGCAGAUAUCCAGUUCACCGCGGUUCGAGGCGGGAGUGCAGUGCCUGAACCAGAACAAAACCCAGUAUGUGGACGAGCGCAUUGCAGACAUUGCCGGACUGGAUCUGGUCUAUUCCACCUACUUUCAGAACAACUUGCGAAGGAGUCAAACCGACUUUACCACCAUUCCGCCGCCACAAAUCUUCUUCCUCAAUCUGGCGCAGUUCUUCUGCGGAGACGGCGAUCCCACGAACUUCGUUGACCACGACAACGACCAGAUGCGUCUGCAGCAAAUGCUCAAUGGGUUCGCUCCGUUCCACCAGGCCUAUGGCUGUCCAGCAAGGAGUAACCAGUCCGAAAAGUGCCAACUGUGGUAACUAGUUUCAAGUUCCAACCGAUUCAAGUGGUUCUACACUAUCACAAUUAACAGAGAAUCGGAUGUUUUUAUACCCGUUGGACAUGAAUAAUAAAGCUGAAUAAAAUCGAAUAAUGUAUAAAACUGAAACAAACAAUAAAUUAAAUGGAUCUGAAGUUCACUA